AUGGCAGGCUAUCCCAACAUCCCUCUAUACUCUCGUCUCUCACCCCGGGGGGACUUCCUCAUUUCCAAUCCCACCUUUCCCGACUUUCGACCUCGCUGGAGAUGUCGCCGCUUUGCUCUCGAGCUCAGAUGCGACGGUCAUCGUAAGAUAUACCUAGCGCUCUUCUCCCCAUAUCAGAUACAACUCCAAUGUCCUGACAAGCAUAUCCCUUUGCCUGUGCUGUACAUGUUCGGCGAAGCUGAAGGAUUCGACAUGCUACAGGCUCGAGAAUUUGCUGACACGUACUUGGGGGAUCGUUCCCUCGAUGACAAGGAGGUCGUCGUUUUCUCCGGGUUUCCGUGUUCGAGCGCUCCGAUGCCGACACGUACACUAUUACAAGAGUUGCAACAUGAAUUAUGCCAUUUCGAUUUGAUUAUUCCGCCUAUCGUGCCACGGAACACAAGGCCGCCAAGCCGCAUCCCCAAGUUCCCCAUGACUGCAUCGGAGCUUGCCAAACGUUAUCCUCGCAUUCAUCUUUGUAAAUCAGAGAUUGAGAACACAUCUGAGGGCACGCCCUCAAUCGCCGUUCCACUGCCGGCGGUUCAUACCACCGUAGGACGCGACUCGGAUUCCAGUAGUUCUGAUUCAGACUCGACCACGUCUAAUGCGACGACCCGGCCGCCGUCCUCUUCCGGAACGAAACCCAGUUCGGACGACGACGAAAACUGGCAGGAUGAUGUAACGUACCGUGAUAUGAAAGCAUUGGAGGAAGAGGAAAAAGAGAAGAGGGGGAAAGGAGGCAAGGGCCCGGAACCACCGAAUGAGCGAAGCGACAUCUGGGACAAAUUGCAUACCUAUGGGUCAACUAUCGCUGCAACUGCCUUAUUUGGCGCAGCGAUAAUGAUUAUAGGCGGGCAGUUGUGGCGUCGUGUCCACCAUUCCAACUAG